AUGACAAACACCGUUCCUCCAGCGGCUCUCGACGAGUCUCCGGCCCCCGAGUCUGUCCAGAAGCCACAACAGCAAAAACAGACCAUUGACCCCUACAACGUCUCCGGCGAAGUCGGCGAAGACGGCGUAGUCAAAGCGAUCGACUACAACAAGCUAGUCGACGAGUUCGGCACCAAGAAAAUCGACGAGGCGCUACUCGAGCGCUUUGAGCGUGUCACCGGCAAACGCCCACACCACUUCCUCCGCCGCGGCAUUGUCUUUUCCCACCGCGACUUUGAGCUCAUCCUCGACCGGUAUGAGCGCGGCGAGCCGUUUUAUUUGUACACUGGUCGUGGUCCGUCGUCGGAUAGUGUGCAUGUUGGGCAUACUAUUCCGUUUGAGUUUACAAAAUGGCUUCAGGAUACGUUCGACGUGCCGCUCAUCAUCAUGUUGACGGAUGACGAGAAGUACCUGUUCUCGGAGAAGCGGACGAUUGAGGAAGUGCAGGGGUACUGCAACAGCAAUGCCAAGGACAUUAUCGCCAUUGGUUUCGACCCAGCGAAGACGUUCAUUUUUUCAGAUUUUGACUACGUUGGUGGCGCAUUCUACAGGAACAUUGUCCGACUCUCAAAGCACAUCACGCUCAACCAGGCCCGCGCGAUCUUUGGGUUCAACGAGAGCAGCAACAUUGGGAGGAUCCACUUUGGAAGCAUUCAGGGUGCAACCAGUUGGGCAUCAUCGUUCCCACACAUCUUUGGCGAGGAUGAGACGAAGACCGUGGGGAUACCGGCGCUCAUUCCAUGCGCCAUUGACCAAGAUCCAUGUAAGCACCCAAAACCGAACUUUCACUUUCGCAUGACCCGAGACGUAUCAGCCAGGCUAAAGUACCAGGGCCAUCCGUACGCCAAGCCGUCCCUUAUCCACGCUCUCUUCUUGCCGGCGCUUCAAGGCCCCGGUACCAAGAUGUCCGCUUCGGUUGAUGAGUCUGCAAUCUUCAUGAGGGACACGCCGAACCAAAUCAAGAACAAGAUCAACAAGUACGCCUUCUCCGGCGGCAAGGUCUCAGUAGAGGAACACCGUGAGCAAGGCGGCAACACAGACGUAGACGUAUCAUUCCAAUACCUCCGGUUUUUCCUCGACGACGACGAGGAGCUCGAGAAGAUCCGUGUAUCGUACGAAAAAGGCGAGCUCCUCACGGGCGAGCUCAAAGCGAUCUGCAUCAAGGAGCUUCAAAAAUAUGUGGCCGCGUUCCAGGACCGGCGGGCCAAAGUCAGUGACGAGGACGUCAAGCUGUUUAUGGAGAGGCGGCCGCUUGAUUAUAAAGGCAACCCACGGGCGCCUAUCGUUGUACCCAAGAUCGAGGGGGAGGCUGGUGCCGGAGAGGAGGGGGGCAAUGGCAAGCUGACCAAGAACCAGCUCAAGAAGCUGGAGAAGCAGAAGCAAAUAGAGGCCAAGAAGGCGCAGAAGGCGAAGGAGAAGGCGGAGCAGCAGACGCCGGCUGCGUAG